UUACGCGCGAAUUCAUCGAAGCCGCGUUUUUGCACAGAUAAUCGAGUGUUCGAAAUUCGAAUAUGUUUAAUUUUUUGUGAAGUAAACAAUUUGUGCCAGUGUUUUGAAUUCGACGAAGAUGUCGUCAAUACAUUCUGAUGAUGACCAGGAGGAGAUUAACGUAGAUUCUGACAGUAGAUUGUCUGGUCAGUGCGAUAGGAGUAUAGGUUCUGAGGACCAUGACUCGGAGCACAGUUACCACGACAGAUACCGGGAUUCUCCAAACGAGCAUAUGACAGAAACGCAGCCGCGAGUCAAUCUACCGUUUAGCAUAUCUAGAUUAUUAGGUAAACAGUUCGAGGAGAUAGAAAAGCGUCGGAAUUCCGGUGAGAGUGACGAUAGGAGUGACCAGGACACUGAAUCCGAGAGUGUAAAAGACGACGGAAAGGACAAUAAUAUAGCGUUAAAUUUUUCGCAUAAUCCUGGCCUGUAUACGAACUCUGGCUUGUUGUUACGGCCUGGCUUGGGUCUGGGCGCUGGUUAUGGGUUUUCUGGCAACCCCGGGGUGGUGAGAGUACCAGCUCAUAGGGCUCUGGGGGCGUUGGGCGCUUGGGGGGUUGCUCUGGACCCCAUGAGACAGGCUGCGGCAGCUGCGUUUGCACAUCAAGUUGUGAAGGAUAGAUUAAAUGCAUCAUUCCCAAUCACACGACGCAUCGGGCAUCCGUAUCAAAACAGGACGCCUCCAAAACGCAAGAAACCACGCACCUCCUUCACAAGAAUGCAAAUAGCCGAACUAGAGAAAAGAUUCCACAAGCAGAAGUAUUUGGCGUCCGCUGAGAGGGCGUCAUUGGCAAAGACGUUGAAGAUGACAGACGCGCAAGUGAAAACGUGGUUUCAGAACCGACGGACCAAGUGGAGACGUCAAACAGCUGAAGAGCGGGAAGCGGAACGUCAAGCGGCCAACCGCUUGAUGCUUUCACUGCAAGCUGAAGCGCUGAGCAAAGGCUAUAUGCCUGAACCACCACCGGGUGCACCGCUUUCAGCGCUUCAUUAUCAAAAUCCACAGAACGCUCAAGCGCCCGCGUCGAAUACAGCGCUAAGCGCUUUACAGAACUUGCAGCCAUGGGCUGGAAACCAUGCCUCUUUUAUGAACGCUUCGAAUCAAGCGCCGACAGCGCACCCGCCGCCCGUUGCGUCGCCUAUUUGUUGAAAUUCUAAAUUCAAAUUUUACUUUUUUAUGCACAGCCAGUAAUACAUAAAAAUGAGGUUUUAUGUGCAGUAUAUUUUAAAGCAUUUUGUAAAAACGGUAGAAAUUCUAAUAAUUGUAAAUAGUAAAACAAGGUAGAUUUUAUGUAGAGAGUAAAUAAUAUUAUAUUAUGUAAAGCAUGUAACAAAAUAACACAUUUAGUAAUCAGUAAUCACUAUAGUUCUCACUUUAAAAUUUUUUUCUUUAUACAUCAGAACUGAUUUACUUAUGCAUAUAAAAAGAAAGUUAGAUACUUAUUUAAUACAUCACAAAUCACAAUAUUAUUAUGAUAUAUAAAUGCUUUGAAUUCUUUUGUAAAAAUAGUUUGUAAAUAAAUAUGUAGGUAGUUACUUAAAUAGGUAGGUAGUUAAUGUUAAGCUCAUAUAAAAAUGUGUAAUAGAAAUGGCUGUAUAGUCUUAGUAACAAUUUAACAUUUCGUAAUUUUAUUAAUGUAAAUAUAAAUACAGACAGUAUUAUUAAAAUAAAUCUAACUAAAUGGAAAAAAAUAUUGUAAAGCCUGAGUAAUUAAUAUGCUAAUUAGUAAUUAGGAUAUGAAAUAAAAUACUGUAAAUAAAGGAGAUAAUGUAUUUAUUGGAUGUUUACUGUUAAUGACGCUUUUGAAUGAAAAAUGUAUCUCUUCAAGAAAAUAUGCAGAAUCUGGGCUUUAGAGUUUAGACAUGCACUAUGUAAAAUGUAAUA